AUGGCAAAUCUUUGUUUUCAUUUCCCCUUUCUCUUGUUCUCCCUACUUUGUUUUCAUUUCACUGUAUGCCUCACCAAUUUUACAACGAAUGAUGAAUUGGCACUUCUUGCUUUCAAGUUUUCUGUUAAGGACCCUGACAAUCACUUGGCUAAUUGGUCCAACUCUUCUUCCAUUUGCAAUUGGGUUGGGGUUAUGUGUGAUGCUCAUCAUGAGAGAGUAAUAGCCUUGAAUCUUGGUGAGAUGGGUCUCAAGGGAACCUUGCCCUCAAAAAUUGGGAAUUUGUCUUUCCUAGUUAAACUUGACCUUCAUAGUAACAACCUUCAUGGUGAGCUGCCAAAAGAGUUGAUUCCAUUACACAAGCUGCAAAUUCUCAACUUGAACUACAAUGAAUUCAAUGGAGAAAUUCCAAUUUGGAUUGGAAGCUUACUUAUGCUUCAACACUUCCAUCUCCGUAAUAAUAGUUUUGGAGGUUUUAUUCCUCCAAAUGUUUCUAAUUUGUCAAAGUUAGAGACAUUAGAUUGGAGAUUUAAUUCUAUCGAAAGAUCCAUUCCAUUUGAGAUUGGAAAACUUCAAUGUUUGAAGAUUUUAUGGAUUGGAGGAAACAAGCUUUGA